AUGGGCAUUGGCGAAGCGACAGCAAGAGCCCUCGCCAAAUCAGGCGCAAAUCUGAUAUUACUCUCUCGCUCAGAGGACAAACUCGCCAAACUGACAGACGAGCUGAAGAAGCAAUACCCGCAAAUCCAAGUGAUCUACCGGACUGCUGAUGUAGGGAACUACGAGGAAGUCGAUACUGCAGUCGAAUCAUCCAUCAUUGAAAUAGGUGGUAUCGAUAUCCUGAUCAACAACGCGGGUCUUGCAAUUGGCGCCCCGAAAGCAUUCCACGAACUCGAGAUAUCAGAAAUCUUGACGAUGAACUCUACAAACGUUAACGGCCCAAUGUUCGUGACUCACUCGGUCCUGAAUAGGUCUAUGCUCUCACGCAAGUCCGGGACCAUCAUCAAUGUGACCUCCGUCACGGGCUUGGAGGUCCCACCGUUUACCGGCGAGGCAGUCUAUCACUCCAACAAGGCUGCACAGGAGGGAUUCACAAACUCAUUGCGGAAUGAGUUAUGUGGAACCAACAUCAGAGUACUAGCGCUGAGACCUGGUGUUGUCGCGGGUCAUUUCCACGCCCAGCGCGUCGGGAAUGACCAAGCGCAGUACGAUGAGUUCUUGAAUGGGUAUACGCCGCUGCUUGCAAAUGAUAUUGCCGAUGCUGCUAUCUAUAUGCUCAAUCAGCCAUUGAACAUAUCUGUUAAAGCAUUGGAUGUCGUUCCGUCGGCGCAACGAUCUCUUACUGUCUUCGAUCGCAAAUGGAACGAGCGAACUGGACAGUGA